AUGUCUGUGAGCGUGUCUCGGAGAUUCGUGUCAAAUGCGUCUUUGUCGGCGUCGUCAGCUCCAUCUGUGGCAAUAGAUACUAUUCAAAUUACGAUGCCAUACGAUUAUCAAGUACAUUCAACGUCCAUGCGUGAUACCUUAAAUCAACACAUUGGUCAACAACAUCGACUUCAAAAAUUAUUGCAAUAUCAGCCGCCAUUCCCACUAACAUCUUUCGCAAUUCCACCAAAUCACGCCGACAAAAUUAAUGAGUGGCUAGCCAAGGAUUUUCGUGAACGCAUUCAUGAUCGAUUACCAACAAGAACACGAAGCAAAUGCUUAUUCAUCAUUGGACAUACACAAUCAGAAAAAACAUCGUUUGCACGAACCCUUGGCACACACAUGUUCCAUCGUGGAUGUUUCAGUUUAUCCGAAUGGGCAGAUGAAGUCGAUUAUAUGAUAUUAAAUGAUAUUCCAUAUCGAGACAUUAGACAACAAGUAAAACAAUUGUUAACAGCACCCGGUGAGAUUCAUUUAACCGACAAAUAUCAUAAAAAAGAAAAGAAAAACAAUAACAAACCAUGUAUUUAUUUGCUGAACUAUGAAGAUAUUGGAAGCUUAUUAAGUGAGACGUAUUGGUUCGAUAAUGGUGUGAUUAUAAGUUACAAUUGGGUAUGA